ACACGGAUAGACUGAAGAGCAUCUGCGCCUCCUGCAUCAUUUAGCCUACAUCAGAUUGUGUAUGAGCUGUACUUAUAUGUACAAACCAUCGAAUAUAAACCGCCUGCAAGACGAAACAUUUUUCAUCAACAUCAUUUCCUUUUGAUUCGUUAUAAGGAAACCUGUAUUGUGAAAAUGAGAAGAUAAAUAUUUCAUCAACCCACACUUUCCUCUAUAUAUUUACUAAAUCCCACUCUUUGAUCUACUUUUGUACAUUUGACCUCAACUUGCCCUGCCCAAACGGAUUUCCUAGAAUCUCUCCCUCCCCAUUGCUAAAAAAGACAUUUUCAAAUGCCCAAAAACAGCAAAACCGUCAAGAGAGAGAUUGACGAUGACGAAGUUACGGAAUCUGUCAAAGAUUUGCUCUCCAAUGAAGAUAACUGUGAGGACUCUUUCAAGAAGAGCUCUCUAAUGGUAGGAGAUGUUCCACAGAAUAAGGAGCGGGAUGUUGAGGAGGGCUCAGAGGAGGAGGAGGAGGAAGAGGAAGAGGAAGAACGACCUGCCUGGAGCAGCAAGCUCCAGUACAUCCUUGCACAAGUGGGCUUCUCAGUGGGCCUGGGCAACGUCUGGAGGUUCCCAUAUUUGUGCCAGAAAAAUGGUGGCGGAGCGUAUCUGGUUCCCUACCUCAUUCUGCUGGUGGUGAUAGGGAUUCCCCUCUUCUUCCUGGAACUAGCAGUGGGCCAGCGCAUCCGAAGAGGAAGUAUUGGGGUGUGGAACUACAUCAGCCCACGUCUGGGUGGCAUCGGCUUCGCCAGCUGUUUGGUGUGCUUUUUUGUGGCUCUUUACUACAAUGUCAUCAUCAGUUGGAGUCUCUUCUACUUCUCACAAUCCUUCCAACAGCCUCUUCCUUGGCACGAGUGUCCCCUGGUCAAAAACAAAACUAAUACAUAUGUCGAACCAGAGUGUGAGAAAAGUUCAGCCACUACAUACUACUGGUAUCGUGUGGCCUUGGACAUCUCUGAUUCCAUCUCUGAUGGUGGAGGACUUAACUGGAAGAUGACUUUGUGCCUGUUGGCUGCUUGGACCAUGGUGUGUCUUGCUAUGAUGAAGGGUAUCCAGUCUUCUGGAAAGGUGAUGUACUUCAGCUCUCUGUUCCCGUAUGUUGUGCUUAUUUGUUUCUUGGCCCGUGCUUUCCUGCUCAAGGGUUCUGUUGACGGCAUCAUCCACAUGUUUACACCAAAGCUGGAAAUCAUGCUGGAACCCAAAGUGUGGCGUGAAGCUGCCACACAGGUCUUUUUUGCUCUGGGUCUUGGUUUCGGUGGUGUUAUCGCCUUCUCCAGCUACAACAAGCGAGACAACAACUGCCAUUUCGACGCUGUGCUGGUCUCCUUCAUUAACUUCUUUACCUCAGUGUUGGCCACCCUGGUUGUGUUCGCUGUACUGGGCUUCAAAGCUAACAUCAUGAAUGUCAAAUGUGUGGAAAUGAACACAAAGAAGAUUGUUGGUUUCCUUGGAAAAGAAAUCAAUCCAAGCUUGAUCCCACACCAUAUUAACUUCAGUAAUGUUAGCCCUGAGGACUACCAGCAAAUGACCAACAUUAUCCGGGGCGUGAUGGAAAACGAUUACCCACGCCUAGGUUUAGAUAGCUGCGACAUCAAAGAAGAGCUGAACAAGGCUGUGCAGGGCACAGGCUUGGCCUUCAUCGCCUUCACUGAAGCCAUGACCCAUUUCCCAGCCUCGCCCUUUUGGUCUGUCAUGUUCUUCCUAAUGUUGGUCAAUCUGGGGCUGGGCAGCAUGUUUGGCACUAUCCAGGGCAUCCUCACCCCCAUUGUGGACACCUUCAAAGUACGAAAGGAAUACCUCACAGUUGGUUGCUGUGUACUUGCCUUCUUUAUUGGUUUAAUAUUUGUCCAGCGAUCUGGAAACUACUUUGUAGCCAUGUUUGAUGACUAUUCUGCUACUCUGCCUCUCCUCAUCGUUGUUCUCCUGGAGAACAUUGCUGUGGCCUGGGUUUACGGCACCGACAAGUUCUUUGAGGAUCUAAAGGACAUGCUUGGUUUCACUCCAUACCGCUAUUAUUACUAUAUGUGGAAGUUUAUCACACCAGUGCUGCUGCUGGGUCUUCUGGCCGCAAGCAUUAUUCAGCUGGGACUGUCGCCACCAAGCUACAGCGCAUGGAACCAGCAACUGGCUCAAGAACAGUCUCUCAGCUAUCCGCCCUGGGGCCUGGCUGUCUGCAUCUCACUGGUGGUUACCGCCAUCCUCCCUGUGCCUGUGGUUUUUAUUCUGCGCUGUCUGAACAUCAUUGACGAGAAUGCAGGAGGGCUGUCUACUGUCUCCUAUAAAAAAGGCCGCAUUAUAAAAGACACUGCUUGUAGGAACAGAGAAGACGAUGAAGAUGACGCAAGUCUUCUCAAUGCGAAGACGCCGAGCGAAGCCCCGUCGCCCAUGCCAGCCAAUUACCGGAAGCAGAGCGGACCUGCUUCGGGCGCAGACGUCAUGCUCAACGGUAGCUGCAGCACUGGAUACGUAAUGCCGAAUAUUACAGACAUUCCGGACAUGCCUGAAUCUGAUUUGUGAGGACCUGUUUAGCCUCACCUGUAACUGUGAGGACCAGUAUCAUUUCAUUUGCCCUGUAAGAACCUCUUCGUCGAGUUCCAGACCUUGUCAAUCACAAUUCAUUGAGUGGGAAUGGAAACAGACAGCGUUCUCCUAUAGACCUCUUCUAACAGCCAUCUUCAUUUCACACUGGUCCAGUUCACAAGUUUCAACAUUUCUAAUUGUAUUAUAUGUGUAGCUAGCACUAACGCCCCCUACUCCCAUCCCAACCCAUUGCCCCAACUGUUGCACGCACUUACCCCCCCUCUGUGGGGGCAUGUAGACCCCUGGUUUAUGCUCUACUGUAGAAUGGCUAUUUGUACAAACAGAUUAUGUUGCAAGUCAGGGCAGUUAAGGUCCUUGCACACCGAGUCCGAAAUUUUCAUAUGCGUUUUUCGUAUUCGUCAUCCUUUCCUAUUAAAAUGCGUGUUACGGAUGCGAAAACACAGAAAAUCAAACCUGAUCCAAAUUUUUUUAUGAUGGAUGAAAGUUUCGGAGGCAGUGUGUAAAUGUGAUCGACACAAUGUGAGGUCAUAUUUAUUUUUUAACGUGCAAACAAUUUAGACGAAAAUUUUGGACUCGUUGUGCAAUGAUCUUUACUGUCCACAAAAAUCGAGAUUAGAAGCAGUUUAGCAGCUUUGGAAAAGUCUAGAAUGUAAAUGUAUGCGUAAAAAGUGGAAAACAUGCAAUACUUUUUCUUUUGGAUGUAGUUUAAUCAUUGUAUAUCGGUGUAUGGAUUGCAUUUAAUACAACCCUAACUCAUUGUUCGCAAAUGUGUGCCUAAUUCAUUCUAAAAAUGUUAAUAGAAUACAAGGCGUGAAUGUUGUACAUUUAAGGUAUUCUGUAAAUAUAUUACGAAUAAAUUUAUUCAAAUAUAGUUUGGAAUACAGAUCAUGUUUUUGGUAAGAAGUGCUCAAAAAUCCAGUACGCUGACUUUUUUGUUUGUUUGUUUGAUUGUAUGUUUGCUGAUGUGUUAUCAUUGUAAGGAGUCUUGAGACUCUUCCCUCUUCCUGUAAAUAUUUUUUCAUGAAUUUGCUCAAUGACGCAGUAUUUCCUUUCUCAAUAUUGAGAUUAAAAGAUAAAAAGA